CUAAGCAGGCAGUCUUUAAGUUGUUCAUAUUUUCAUGCAGCGUCGUUUUCCUGACCCAUAAAGGAAAGAAAUCAAAUCCAGGUUGACCAUAUAACAAGAUGUGACUAUGCAACACAUCACGGAUACGAUAGGAGACCAGUAAAACGUUCGUUAUCCUUUACGCCUGCGCACUCCAAACAGAAUAUCAAGCCGCCCUUCCUCCCCGCCAGCUUGUGCCGCAGGGUCGGGCGGACAUCGACUCACAACAACCCAGAGUUAAUUUCCUCGACUAUUCGGACAUUUUCGGAGUUAAAAUGGAGAGCCAACAUCGCAUUGAAGAAGAGUUGCCUCUCCUGCUGCCGUCUCUUCGCCUCUUCAUCCCCCCACUGCGCCUGGUGUCUGCAGCCAUGUGGCAGGUGGUCCAGAGGGGAAACGUGCAGGAUUACGGGAUGGUGGAGGAGUUCGUCAGCACCGUCUCAGAAAUCGUACCAGAACUGUUGAAUGCCGACCAGAAAGCUCAGCUCCUCCUGGGCCUCAGAGCACGGGUGGUUCUUGAAUUGUGUCGUGCCGAGCAGAUAACAGACACAGAAACCAUCGAGAUGCACCUGGAGAGGAUCAAGAACCUCAUAUCUACAUGGGCAACACAGCCUUGUUUUGCAGAAGUCGAGUUCCCAGAAUCAAACUUUGUGGAUCAGAUUGAAUUGUUGUUGAAAGACCCUGAAGAGAAGGAGAAGUUCUUCCAGGAUGUUUUUCCGACAGAUUUUGGGCCUGACUACGACAGCGCUCUGCAGGUGCUAAUGCUGGAUUUCCUGUCCAGAUUGGAGAAACUUCUUCCAGUUCCAGAUAUUCAGCAGACUGCAUCCAUGCUCAGUGCCGUCCCGUCUGCCCUAGAGGAGUGUGUCCACUCAGUUCCUGACCCACAACACCUGAGAACCGUUCUCCUGCACCACACAGCGCUUGGACAUUUUGAUUUUUCUGAUGAAUCUCAGGCCAUUCCCUCUUCGUUUGGAAACUGCAUCCUAUCCUCGCUCUCCCUCCCUCAGCUGGAGAAGGUCGUCAUAGACGCAGAACAGAUCCACUUACAGUCUCAGUCCGACCAGAUGCACACAGGGUGUAUGACGGUCCAGGUGGAGGGCGAGACCGUGACUCUUUUGGACUAUAUACAGAUCGAGCAGCCGCCAGGCUUGGUCGAGUCUGAGGAUCAGGAAGAACAUGAAGUACUAGAGGAGGAAACAGCUGGAGAGGACGUUGAAGAAACUCUAAAACCGGCAGCUUUCCAGCCUCUGAAGCAAAGCAAACGACUCCAACUAAAAAAGGAAUUUUCUUCUGAAGAUAAGGAUUUAUCUACUGAAAAGAAGCAACGUAAGAAAUAUCCGAGUAAUAAAACGUGUCCUAUUUGUAAUAAGAACUUCCUGCGAGCAGCAGCGAUGAGGCGACACCUGGAGACUCAUUCAGCCAAUCGGGAUCUUAAGUAUAAGUGUGCCAACUGUGAUAAAAGAUUCAGGGAUCUUUACGACAUGAACAGACACAACAUGCGGGUUCAUGAAAAGGAAGACAUGAGCGGCGAUGGUAAAGAGGAGGAGUUGACCGAUCCGAGCACGUCUGACAUGUCUGAGAACAAAAACUGCGCUCUGUGUGGGAAGUAUUUCGCCAGGCAGGUGGACAUGGAGCGCCACAUGAACUCCCACUCAGAGGACCGGCCGUAUAACUGCUGCUACUGCGAGAAGAAAUUUAAGAAUCCGUAUGUUUUAAAGAGGCAUCAGAAGGAGAUUUGUAAAAGCAGAGAGCUGAAACGACCAAAAAAGAGAGAGAUGCAGCGCUCAAAUCCACAGCCGUCAUCAGAGGGUGUAACAGAGGGUAAAAUCUGCCCCAUCUGCAGCAGGGUCCUACCAUGCACCGCCGACAUCGCGAAGCAUUUACGAUCGCACACAGAGGAGCGUCCGUUCAUUUGCAUGACUUGUGAGAAAGGCUUCAAGUACAAGGACACCUUAAAGAAGCACCAGAUCAUUCACGGGCAUGAAGGAAUCAGAGAGGAGCAGAGCAAAACUUCAGCGCAGAUCCUCGCCGAAGCUGAAACGCAGCAUUUAGGCGACACGGAUGAACUCGAUAAGAAAGAAAACAACCCAGACGCAGCUGCUGGAACUUCAGAGCAGCCACAAAAAGUCAACAAAAAAGCUCUUAAAGUCUGUCCGGUUUGUGCAAGGUCGUUCGACAGUGUCAAAACUCUCAACAGGCACAUCCAGUGUCACACAGAGGAGCGGCCGUAUCACUGCGUCCACUGUAAGAAGCGUUUCAAGCAUAUCCACGGCCUGAAGAGACACCAGAUUUAUGCCAUUUGUCACAGGAAGAUUGCAAGAUUCACAUGGAAGAAGGAGCUGAGAGCUGGGUCGAGCCAAGUGGAAGGAGCGGGCGACACCGUGCAGACGCCGUCAAUGAAAGUCCCAGUGUGGUGCUCGAACUGCGGCAAACAUUUUGAAUAUCUCUCUGCGUUGAAGGAGCACCAAGAGAACGUUUGCAAAGUGGAUUUAAGAGACGUCAUGAAGUGCAACGACUGCGACAAAGAGUUCAAGAGCAUGACGAUGCUCAAAGUGCACCAAAGGAUUCACGAUCCGCUAUACUGCAAAGAGUGCGGGAAGAUCCUCGCCAACGAGCCAGCUUUCGAGCGGCACAAGCUCAUGCACCAGCCAAUUCAGUGCACAAUGUGCGAUAAGACUUUCACUCUGCUGAGACGCCUUAGAGAGCACUAUGAGCAGCAGCACAACUUCACUGGGCCGUAUCCUUGUCCUGAAUGUGACAAGUCCUUCAUCUCACUGUCCUACCUCGCCAUCCACCAAAGAAUCCACAAAGGAGAGUUCCCAUUUUCGUGUAGCUUGUGUCCAGAGAAGUUCAGAUCCUCCAACUGUCUCACAGUUCAUCUAAGGAAGCACACCGGAGAGAAACCCUUCCUCUGCUGGCAGUGCGGGAAGAGUUACCGCUCGGCAUCGGAGCUCACCGUUCACAUGGGGACCCACUCCGAGGAGAAACCGUGGGCUUGUACUCAGUGUGACAUGGCUUACCGCACCAAGCUUCAGCUCACCAAUCACGUUGAGCAGAUCCACAUCGGCGUGAGAUAUCCAUGCAACAGCUGCGGGAAACAGUUCAUGAAGGAGACGUCGCUGAAGAGACACGAGCUCAUCCACUCAGGCGAGCGGCCGCACCAGUGCACCGUGUGCGGGAAGACCUUCCUGACCUCCAACGAGCUCCGCCUCCACAACCGCUACCACACCGGGGAGCGGCCGUACAAGUGCGAGGUGUGCGGGAAAGCCUUCAUCCAGUCGGGGUAUUUGAAGUCACACAUGCGUAUUCACACGGGAGAGAAACCGUUUAAGUGCAGCGUCUGCGAUAAAAGCUUCAGGCUGUCGUAUCACAUGAAGAAACAUCAGCGCACUCACAGCGGGAAGCCAUGUAGCUAUAUAUGCGAGGAGUGCGGGCUGGCGUUCCUCCAUAAGAAGUCUCUGUGGGAACAUUCACUCACACAUGACGUGAAGAUGGAGUCGACAUUCACAGAAGAAGUGAGAAUAGAGUUUCAGUAGAAGUUAAGUUUUUCUUUCUAAGAUCUAUCUUGUGAUUUCUGAGCUGGUUUCACGGUCAAUGAAGAAUUUCUUUAUUCUUGUUUUGCCUUUUGUUUCAUUUUGAUUAAUUUGUACAUUAAAGCAGCCUGAAGAGUUAUAAGGCAUAAUAUGGAAGCCAUUUAAUUUUUGCUGGAAAGCCUUUUGGAAAUAAAUCUAUG